AUGUGGCUGGACGAGGACGAGGGGGACGGACUGAUCGAGAGGGAGCUGUAUGAGAUGGUCUCUCUGAGGCAGAAAAAACAGAAGAAAUACCCAUGGUCCCUGUGGAUUUGGACCUCAGAUGUGAAAGGGGCAGGGACAGACGCCCAGGUGUUUCUGCAGAUCUACGGACAGAAGGGCAAGUCUGAUGAGAUCAAACUGGAAAACAACUCAGACAGUUUUGAGCAGGGCCAGCUUGAUAAAUUCAUGGUCGAGAUGCCAGACAUAGGACGACUGCUGAAAGUGCGCAUCUGGCACGAGAAGAGAAAUCCAUUUUCUGGCUGGCAUUUAGCGAAGCUCACUUUGCUUAAGACCCUGACGAUGGAGAAAUAUUCUUUUGAAUGUGGCCGCUGGCUGGACAUCAAUGAAGAUGACAAUGAGAUUGCCAGAGAGCUUCCAGCCACAGGAGCCCUCAUUGAGGAUCCUCUGCCCUUGAUAAAGUAUCGCGUCACUAUCUGCACUGGCAACGUCAGCGGCAGCGGCACCGAUGCCAGUGUCUUCCUCAAUGUUAUCGGUGACCUGGGUGACACAGGGGAGCGGCUCAUGUUUAUGAGCAAAAACAAUGUCAACAAAUUUGAAAAGGGCAACGUAAAUGCAUCAUUACUUAAAGACCAACACAGAAAAUACAUAAAUAUUGUUUGGGAAAUACUCAGCAGAUGCUUUAAUCCUUUGUCCCCCUGUCUUCCCCCAGCAUGAUGAGUUCCUCAUUGAGUCCGUGUCCUUGGGCCAGGUGCGCAGGGUGCGCGUAGGUCAUGAUGGCCGUGGAGGAGGCUGUGGUUGGUUCCUUGAUAAGGUGAUGGUCAGGGAGGAGGGCCAACCAGAGUCUUUGGCCAUUGUGUUCCCCUGUUUCAGGCAAGGCAAUAACACUUUGCACGCAACUUAAAGGAAUACUAAUCUGUUUUCUUGCUGAGAGCUGUAUGUGAGAAUUGAUAACGCUCUCGUCCUGCACAGCAAACAUGAAGCUGCAGUCAGUUAGCUUAGAUUAGUAUAAAGAGCAGAAGCAGGUGAAAGGUACCGAAGGUAAAAAUGUGCCUACUAGCACCUCUAAAGAAGAAGGGGAAAAUGUUGAACUAUUUUAUAUGUUACAUAUAAUUAUUAGUCUUGAAUUUAACACGUAAUUCUUUAUGUUGAAACCCACCAAUACUCCAACCAGAUGGACAAAACUGUCCAAACCGCUCCAGAAGCCUGAUAAGUGCUGUAAAUUGGCCACGUUUACAUUCCCUAGCUCUCCAGCGGCGAAUGUUUAAGUAGUUAGGCAGCUGAUGGAUGAGUUUGCCGUUACAAAUAGGCACUAAAUGCAUGUGGCCAGCCAGCUCUCUCUCCUUUAGUAACUGGAGCCAAGACUGAGGUGCUGUGUUACCUCUGGAAAAAGGCUCUUCCUGUCUGUCUGUCCUGGUAAAAGAGAAAGGUUAGAGAGCUUCCAAUUCAAAGCAAUGGAGAACAUACAUAUGCUUUCUUGUUUAGUCUUUUAUGUUGCUUGUACUGGUUGUGUUCUGUUGUCUCUUUUUCACAUUUUGAGGUUUUGAGGUUAAUGGUGAUCUGAUUUCCUCACAAUGAUCAAUAAUCUUAGGAUACUUGAAAUGUUUAGUGAUUUUAAAUGGAAGCUUAUACAUUAAUUAAAACUUCAUACCAGGCAAAUAUACAGUAUGUAGUUGCAUAGCUCCAGCAGAUGUAUUUUAAUGUUUGGGCGUCACUUUUUCUUCUGUAUUCCUCGUUGGCUUUUUGUGUAUAUCUUGUGUUUUUUGGCUUUUUAUCUACCACAAUGGUUACUUGAAUUUUCUGUCAGAGGUUGUCACUUUAAUCUCAACCUGAAACCAAUCUGGUAAAAAAAAAAAAAAAAGUUAUAAAUAAUAGAUAACAUGUCUUUCUUACUUAUAUUUGAAUUUUCAGGGAUGUUUAAAGGGUGGUGGUGAUGGGGGUCUGGUGCUACAGGAGUAAACUUGUCUGUU